AUGAAGCAAAUUUCAUUAUGCUGCUUUCUAGUUAUUUUAUUAAACGUUAAUGGAUGGGUGAACGAUGAAAAGCUUCGUAUUUAUGAUUUGAUUGAUGAAAUUAAUGCUAAUUUCUAUGAAUUUUUCAAUUUGAGUCGGAUUGCUGCAGUUUAUGAAAUACUGCGAUCUACAGAUCGGCGUGCUAUUUAUGAUCAGAUCUUGGGAGAAGGAUUACCUGAUUGGCGGCGCCCUGUCUAUUAUUACCGAUUCAACGUUGUAAACGUUGUUGUAAAUGGACAUCAAGAUCGUAUAGUAAUUAAAAGAGCACAAGUUCCUACUUUUGUUCCUUUUCAUGAAUAUGAGGUGGCUUCUGAUGUUAAAGCUUUCAAAGCUGUUAAUGAUAUAUUUUCGUUCGGUCCAAAUCCAGAAACUUCAGGAACUGGCGGAGAAAAAAAAUAUGAGUGGUCUUUGGAGGAAAUGAAAACACUUAUUAAACUUUGCAAUACGAAAUAUCGCAUAGGAACUCCAAACAGAGCUUUACAAAUUCAGAAUGGAUUGAUGAAAGUAUUUCGUGAUAUGAAUUUGAAUGAUGAAAUGACUAAUGCAUUUAAUCUUACGAUGUUGAAAACCUCCAAAAAAUCGGGCAAAAAUUGUAUUGAUGCCGAGAAAUUUGACAAUGGUUUGUCUAAUUCAGGUAUUUGGACGCAAAUAGACCAGCGCAAUUUAGAAAUAGCGCUUGUUCGUUUCCCUAAAGGAACAGAAGAUCGUUGGGAUAAAAUCGUAGAAUAUGUGCCGAAUAAAACGAAGCAACAGUGCAUUGAUCGAUUCAAAGAAUUAAAUGAGCUUAUUCGACAGAGAAGAUUUAAAAAAUAA